AUGUACUUCGCUCCCGCCGUCGCUGUUACCAUCCUGGCCCAGGCUGCUGCCGUCUUCGCCAGCCCUGUCAGCUCCAGCACCGGCAAGUCCACGGCAGCCUCGACUACCGCCCCGGCGCCCCCUGCCGACACGGGCCUGAGCCUGACGGCCAGGCUCAGGCUCGCCGACACGGCGGCCGACAGGUUCGCGCUCCUGCCCGACGACAAGCAGUUCAUUUUCGACUUCAACCAGAAGCAAGCCAACCCGGGCAAGGGCGGCGAGCUCGUGGCGGCCAACCGCAAGACCUUCCCGGCCCUCGUGGGCACCGGCGCCGGCAUGGCCGUGGGGCGCGUCAACGCCUGCGGCAUGAACACGCUCCACGUGCACCCGCGCGGCGCCGAGCUCCAGGUGGUGGUCCAGGGCCGCCUCAUCACCGAGAUGGUGCCCGAGAACGGGGUCAACGACGCCAACGGCAAGCAGCGCGUCAUCCGCACCGAGCUGGGCCCCUUCAUGAUGACUCCCUUCUACCAGGGCAGCGUCCACACCCAGUUCAACCCGGACUGCGAAGACUCCGUCUUCGUCGCCAGCUUCCCCUCGGAGGACUUUGGCACCGGCCAGAUCGCCAACGAGACCUUUGCGCUGUCCGACAACGUCAUCGCCGCCACCUUCGGCCAGUCCAUCAAGGGCGCCGACAUCGACAAGGUCCGCGCCGCCAUUCCCAAGAGCAUCGCGCUCGGCGUCGAGGAGUGCCUGGUCAAGUGCAAGAUCCCCAAGAGCCAGUAA